AUGGAGGGCAAUUCUAUACUCCAUGCUUUUAACAACAUCUAUUUUGCAAUCUUUGCUUUAUUUUGCUUCAAGCUUUUAAUUAAGAUUUCUUUGGCUUUGCUGACCCACUUCUAUAUUGUUAAAGGCAACAGAAAAGAGGCUGCCAGGAUAGCAGAAGAGAUCUAUGGAAUAGCACCAGGUUCAUGGGCAGAUCGAUCUCCUCUUCAUGACGCUGCAUUCCAAGGGCGCCUGCUAUCUUUGAAAACAUUGAUUGCGCAGGGAUUCAAUGUGAACAUUGUAACCAUAGAUCGGGUUUCUGCUCUCCAUGAGGCCUGCCUGGGUGGCCAUGUUGCUUGUGCGAAAGUCUUACUGGAGAACAGCGCUCAAGUCAAUGCAGUCACUAUUGAUGGAAUCACUCCUCUCUUUAAUGCCUGCUGUAGUGGCAGUGCAGCUUGUGUGAACAUGCUGCUUGAAUUUGGAGCCACGCCACAGCUAGAGAAUCACCUUGCUUCACCUAUUCAUGAAGCAGUAAAGAGAGGUCACAGGGAGUGUAUGGAAAUUCUUGUGGCCAAUGACGUUGACAUUGACCAAGAAGAUUCGCAGCACGGAACACCCCUUUAUGUGGCCUGCAUGUAUCAGAGGACAGACUGUGUCAAGAAGCUUCUCGAACUAGGAGCCAGUGUUGACUUGGGUAAACGAUUAGACACUCCACUCCAUGCUGCAGUUAGGAAAUCCGGCGCAGAAGCAGUCAACUUGUUAAUGGACUAUGGUGCUAGCUUGAUACGCAGAAAUGCUGAAUUCAAAUGUGCCCUUGAUCUGGCAGCCCCCAACAGUAAAGUGGAACAGGCCCUCUUGCUUUGGGAAGAUUUUGUUUCAGACUGGUCUCCCUUACAUGAUGCCUCUAUCCAUGGGCGUUUGCUUGCUCUGAAGAAACUCAUCAAUCAGGGGAGCAGUGUUAACCUCAUUACAGCCGAUCACGUGUCUCCUCUCCAUGAAGCCUGCUUAGGGGGCCAUCCUGCUUGUGCUAGUGUCCUAUUAAAACACGGGGCUCAAGUGAAUGGAGUUACUAUUGAUUGGCAUACUCCUUUGUUCAAUGCCUGUGUCAGUGGCAACGUGGCCUGUUUGAAUCUAUUAUUACAGCAUGGAGCCAGCCCACAUGCACCAUGUGAUCUGGCUUCCCCUAUCCAUGAAGCUGCUAAGAGAGGACAUAUUGAAUGUGUCGAAUCCCUCACAUCCAAUGGAGUAAAUAUAGACCUCAACAUCAAACAUCUGGGUACUCCGCUUUAUGUGGCUUGUGAGAAUGAGCAGGUAGCCUGUGCCAAGAAGUUACUUGAAUCAGGAGCAAGUGCAAAUGGUGGCAAAGAUCUGGACUCUCCUCUCCAUGUGGCUGCCAGGAAUUCCAAUGCUGACCUGGUGCACUUGCUGAUUGACUUUGGAGCAGACGUGAGAGCUAAGAAUGCAGAAGGCAAAAGGCCAGUGGAGCUGGUUCCACCAAGCAGCACUUUAACACAAAUAUUUGUGCAGAAAGAAGGGCCCCUGUCCUUGAUGCAGUUGUGCCGCCUGUGCAUUAGGAAGUGCUUCGGACACAAACAACAUCAUAAAAUAACUGGACUUCUGCUCCCGGAUGAGCUGAAACAUUUUCUCCUCCACAUUUAAACAUUUUGUAUUCAAAACCAUACCAGUAAAAAUAAGGCGAGGUUUGUCAUAGUGUUGCCAACUCUUGCAAUUUUACCGUGAAUCUUGUGGUAUGUGAUGUUUCUCUGAAAGCUCCAGCUGCUGGAGUCAUGUGUUUAGAUGAGAAUCUCAAUUUUCAUUAAAAAGGAAGUAAUUUUCUAGCCCUCGUGGCUGUGAAGAAAAACUUGAUAACGUGACCCAGCUCAGAAACCAGAAAGCAAGUAACAUGAGGACCAAAUUUAUCAUUUUUUUUUAAGAAAAUGAUUUUUAAGCUAAUCUCAUGAUUCUUUGAGGCCUGAUUUUUGAAUGCUUGGGGCUGGCCAUACUGCACCAAGUACAUGUAUUAGUGCAGUACAAACAACAUCUCAGAUUUAUUAAAUAAGAAGGAUGGCUGAAGUCUUGCUUUAAACAGCAACCAUCUAGGAUGCCCAUGUCAACUGUAGAAGAUGUUCCAUGCUCUUGUCGCCCUGUAUGUAUAAGGAAACGGAGCCAAUUCCAUCCCUGCAAAGCAAGUGGGGAGAUUUGACAUGGAAAAACUGGUUAAUCAUUUGCCAUAGAUAAUUCAACUCUUUUAAAGAUGAUCAAUGAAUUUGCUGAAAAUUUCUUCCUUAGAAUUCAAAGAAAAGUAAAGGGAAGAUAGUGAAUGUCAAUUAUUUUAUUGAAUUAGGUUAUUUCUGUCCUUCAUGUUUUAAACACGAAAAUAUUAACUAGUUCUUAAAGAAUAUUCUGUGUUUUCAGAAUACCCAACAGUGCAUGUAGAUGAACACCAGCCAACAACGAUCUAUUCAGAUGGGCAUCUGAAACUGUUAGGGGUUUACAUUAUUGCCAUUACAGCAUAUAGAUCAUUGUUGAGGGUAGCUUCCUGCAAUGGGGAAAUAGUAGGAAAAUUAUUUUUGAUCAGCCAUUAAAAACACUUAUUCACUGAUGUGUUCUGAGACUUAAUGGCCUCCUACCUCAGUAUAAUUUCUCCCUUAAGGAUCAAUUUUUCAAGGACACAGGUUACCACAUGUUGGCAGGGAGUAAAUGUUCUUCCGCUUUAUGGUUUGAUUGAAAAGUGAAAUUUCCUAAGGAUUUAUGAGCAGGUCAUCAAAAAGGACAGCUUCAUUUUUUUUUCCUCCAGAAAAAGGUACCAAAGAGUUCAUUCAAAGGGUGAAAUAAAAAUCUUUCUUGGAAAACAUUCUACCUCUUUCUUAACAUUUCCCACAUGAGAGAAUAAAAACAACUAUCUUUAAUGUAGAAUAAUAUAGU